UCACAGACGGAAAGCUUCAGAGAAACCUGAUGAAGGCUACCUUCUCAUUUGGUUUUGAUGGCUGGUGCACAAAGAGAAAAUGCAGGCAGAGGGCAGGGUUGCUGGAUGUUAACACACCACCAUACACUGUAGAGGGACUUUCUAAAGGAUUAAGAAGAAGCUCCAUAAGUUAAAAAUCAUUGUCCAGAUAAAUAUUUUAAUGUCCUAUAAUGUCUUUAAAGUUACCACGAAACUCUUUCCUGAUGACAUUUCCCUCCUUCCUGCAGGACGACUCCAGUGGUCGAGGCUCAGGUCAAAACUCAACAGAUGCUUUAAAGAAGCCGUGGGAGAGAUCAAACUCUGCAGAAAAGUCAUCGCUGGUGUCCAGAGUGAGGCCUGUUGGCAGCACGAGUGAGUCAGACACAGAGUUUGACAGAAUGAAACAGGAAAUUUUGGAUGAAGUCGUUCGUGAGCUGCACAAGGUGAAAGAUGAAAUCAUUAACGCCAUCAGACAAGAAAUUGGCAGAAUCAGUACAUCCUAAUGUCACCUGAGCAACAGUAGGAGAGCGAGGGGAGGAGCCAGAGGAAGAGAAUGGACCUGCAGAUGCACAGACACGAGGACCAAGCAAUGUUCUCUCAAUGUUUCUGUGACCUCACGGUGCCGUGACGCACGUUGCAGAGACGUUGUGCCAACAUUUGAGUCUGCUGGACAGCAAACAUUAAAGGAUACACUGAAGUUUGGAAGGAUGAGAAUGUUGAGGAAAGGACGAGGACGUAUGAGGAAUGAUGAAAGGACAAAUGAACUAAAGGAAGGUUUGAGAAACGUAAAGAAGGACUGAGGACGGACGGACGUUUGGUGUCGUGUUCCUCUCUGUGCACCUACUGCAGACUCAGUCAGCCCAGUGUUGCAGCUCUAUGUUCUGUUCAGUCCAAGUCUUAAGAAGAAAAUAUUUUUGUUUUCUAAGUUUUUACUGUUUAUUAUUUAAAAACUGUGGUGAUGAUGAUGAUGAUGCUGUUGAUGACAAUAAGUAUUUUAAUGACAACACAGAAGGAGAAUGGAAUCUUGCACACAACGUACGUCAGCUUCUUAUAGUUUCCAGGUUUGUUGACUUUGACCCAAACGAUUCAGUGAUAACAAGCACAAUCUGGGCAACGUAGUGGUGCAGCCCAUCUCACCAGCCCACAUCUGGCAUGUUUGACAAAUGAUCCGGUUCAUACUGUGGUAGUUUUAGUGGUCUUUAACCAUUUCUCAUAAAAGAAAAACAUGAUUAUCUACAAGAUGACCUCCUUCUAAUGAAGGUCAUUUGCACCAGUGAAACAAAAGUCUAAAAAGAAGUCAGAGUCAUGAGAUGAAAAGUCCUGAUUAUGAGACAGUAAAGUUGUAAUGAUUACAAAAAUGUCACGAGCAAUAGGUAGAAAAGCUGAAACAAAAUUCAAACUUUUCUGUCUAAAGUUGACAUUAUGAGACAAAACGUCAUAAUUAUAAGUUAAAAGUCAACAAGAGAUUAAAAAAAGUCAAAAGGUAAAAAGUCAAACUUCAUCAGUCAAAAGUUGACAAAUAAAGUCAUCAGUUAAGAGUUGAUAUAGGAUUAUUUAAAAAGUACUAAUUAUCAGUCAAAAGUCAACAGGAGAUGAAAAGUCAUAAUUAUCUGGCAAAAGUUGACACGAGUUAAAAGUCAAAAGUCGAUAGGAGAAUCAAAAUCUACAUAAAACUUCCUGAUCUAUGGAGAUAAACGCUGCACUUUAGUAUUUGUGAAGCUAGUACUACUGGAAUUUUAAUCUCCCAGUCGUGACUUUUAUUUGAUAAUAUUGACUUUAUAUUUCCUAGUUAUGGACACCGGUUUUAUAAUCAACUUUACAAUCUCAUAACUCUGAAACUUUAUUUUCACUGGUGGAAACUAGUAUUGAUUUUAUUUUUAAAAAAGAAAAAAAAAGAUGUGUAAGAUGUAAAGAUUUGUUUUCGCAACCUUUUUUUCAAAUGUGUGAGAUCAUCAAAAAAAUGGGGAUCAUUCACUAAACAGCCCGGCCAUGUAAAUGUGCCACCUGGUUUGACCCACAGUAGAUAUUAACCAGUGUAGUGAAUCCACCGCGUAUGCAUGAAACCUCCAUCGCUUUCAAUUUGUUUUUGUUUCCAUUUGGUUUUUCAAAGAAGAAAAUGUAAGAAUAAAAAUAAAUAAAAAUACAAAUGGUGGUGCAUU